AUGUGUGAGGAGGUGGGGAAGGUAGUGUCCACUGGGUUAGAGAUGUGUGAGGAGGUGGGGAAGGUAGUGUCCACUGGGUUAGAGACGUGUGAGGAGGUGGGGAAGGUAGUGUCCACUGGGUUAGAGAUGUGUGAGGAGGUGGGGAAGGUAGUGUCCACUGGGUUAGAGAUGUGUGAGGAGGUGGGGAAGGUAGUGUCCACUGGGUUAGAGAUGUGUGAGGAGGUGGAGAAGGUAGUGUCCACUGGGCUGGAGACGUGUGAGGAGGUGGGGAAGGUAGUGUCCACUGGGUUAGAGACGUGUGAGGAGGUGGGAAAGGUAGUGUCCACUGGGUUAGAGAUGUGUGAGGAGGUGGGGAAGGUAGUGUCCACUGGGUUAGAGAUGUGUGAGGAGGUGGGGAAGGUAGUGUCCACUGGGUUAGAGAUGUGUGAGGAGGUGGAGAAGGUAGUGUCCACUGGGUUAGAGAUGUGUGAGGAGGUGGGGACGGUAGUGUCCACUGGGUUAGAGAUGUGUGAGGAGGUGGGGAAGGUAGUGUCCACUGGGUUAGAGAUGUGUGAGGAGGUGGGGAAGGUAGUGUCCACUGGGUUAGAGAUGUGUGAGGAGGUGGGGACGGUAGUGUCCACUGGGUUAGAGAUGUGUGAGGAGGUGGGGAAGGUAGUGCCACUGGGCUGGAGACGUGUGAGGAGGUGGGGACGGUAG